AUGAAAUGCGAGAUUUGUAAACAAAUCAAAGUUAAAAAUAAGGACCUUUUUGAUUGUGAUGGAUGUAGAGAUGCAAUAUGCAAAGAUUGUGGAGGGCUCACAGCAUCAGAAGUAAAAGUUUUACAGCUUUCUUCCCGAGUAAUGAAAUUAUACUGUCAAAAAUGUAAUAAUGGAAAAUCCUUGGAGUUAUUCAAUAAGUUAUUAUUGAGUAAGGAAACAAUAAUAGAUGAUAAAACAACAAUAAUUAACCUUCUACAAGAAGAAAUUGAUGAAUUAAAAAAGAAGUUAGCUAAUGGACAAGUUGAUUACAGUCUGGCAGUGAAAAAACAGAAGGAAGAAGUCAUAAUAGUAAAACCAAAGGAUAGUGCCCAAACAAGUGAAUCUACAAAAAAGACAAUAGAAGAAAAAAUUAAUCCCAUUGGACUUGGAAUUGGUGUAUCAAAAAUUAAGUACAUACGAGAUGGAGGAGUGGCAAUAAAGUGCAAUGAGAAUGGAAAAGAAAAGGUACAGAAUGUGUGCGAAAGCAUUAAAACUUCUUUGGGUCAUUCAUAUAAAGUAAAUAUACCCGAAAAGAAAAAUCCUAGGAUAAUAGUAUUUAAUGUAGAUCCAAAAGAGUUAGAAGAUGAGGACAGUCUCAUAGAGAAAAUUAUCUUACAGAAUUUGAUAAAUACUGAGCUAGAGGAGAGAGAAUUAAAGAUAGUGCAUAAAAUUAAAACAUACAGAGGAAACAUGAAUGUCAUUCUGCAAAUGGAUGUACAUACAUACGAAUGCAUUGAGAAUAGGAAAAAACUACAUAUAGGAUGGAAAAGUUGUUUUUUCAAUGACAGUCUAAAUGUAAAGCAGUGCUAUAACUGCUGGAAGUUUGGACAUCUCGCGAAAGAAUGCAAAAAGGAAACACCUACAUGUCAAAUAUGUGCAGGAGAACAUAAAGCAACUGAGUGUAACUCAAGAGAUAUAUGUUGCGCAAAUUGUAAAUAUGCAGCAGAAAUAUUAAAAAUACCACACAUUGAUAGUAAACAUAAGGCAUAUGAAAAAACCUGCGAAGCGUAUAAAAGAGUAGUAGAACAGUUACAAGAAAAAAUAAAAUAUCCUGAAGUACAUAGAAGAAACAACGUAAUAUAGCAACCAGGACCAAGUAUCUUAUAUUUAAAUAUACAGGGAUUAAGUACACACAAAACAGAGCUAACGUGGAUUGCAAAUCAAAAUAAACCAAAUAUUAUAUGUCUCUCAGAAACUCACGUUACUCAAGAUUUUACCUCAAAUGAAAUAGAGAUUAUAGGAUAUAACUCGGUAAUUAGUUUUUCUACAAGUGCUCAUACAGGAGGAACAAUAAUAUACAUAAAAAAAGGAUAUAGGUAUAAAGAAAUUCUUAAUAUAAGUGAUAAUAGAAAUGUAUGGAUAACAGGAAUUGAAAUUGUCUUGGAAAAACAAAAAUAUUAUCUAUAUUCUUUAUAUCACUCACCGAGCACAAGUGAUGCAGAGUUCUUAAAUAAACUUGAUAACUUCAUGGAAAACCUGAACCAGGAUGCAAUUAUUAUACUUUUGGUAUUAAACUUAAUGAUCUAAUCGCAAAGCAUGGUAUCUACCAGCUGAUUGAUAAGUAUACUCGAGUAACAAGGAUAUCAUCCACAAAAAUUGAUCUUCUUCUCACAAACCAAAAGAAUAUUAACUACGAAGUACUAACAACCCCUAAAAUUACCGAUCAUUCAAUUAUUACAGUAGAUCUUAAAAGUAAAUAUAUUGAAAAACGUAAAGAAAAAAGUUAUAGAAACUACAAAUCUAUGGAUGUAAUGGGAUUCCAACUUAAACUUAUGGACAUGGCAUGGCCUCAGUCACAAAACACAAACAAAUUAGCUGAAUGUUUAAUCGAUAAUCUACUAUGUGCACUAAAUCAGUUUGCUCCAGAAAGAACAGUGGUAUAUACGGAAAAAUUUGGAGAUAAGAAGUGGUGGAAUGAAGAGAUAAGUAAUGAAAUUAGACUAAGAGAUCAUCUAUAUCAAAGAGCCAUAGUAACAAAAGCUGAUGAGGACUGGAACAAUUAUAGACAACAAAGAAACAAAGUUGUAUCAAUGAUCAGAAAUACGAAAACUAAUUAUUUCAAUGAUAAGAUUGACUUGUUGAAGGAUGACCCCACAGAAAUGUGGAAAACAAUAAGAAAACUUAUAAAUUCCAAAACAAAUGAGGGACCUAAACCCGAAAUAAUAUUUGAUAAUAAACGAAUCACAGGUAAAGAAAUAAGUGAACAAUUUAACAUAUUUUUCCUAGACAGUAUUAAAGAAAUAGUGAAAAAUAAUAAUCAAAAUGAAAUUGUAAGUAAUAUAGAAGUUAAAUGCGUAAUGGAAAAAUUUAAAAUUUUAGAAAUGACAGAUCUACGAAAAAUAGUAAAAAAGAUGAAAAAUAAA